GGGUUAACGCAUGCGCGAACACGUCAUUGAUCUUACGUGGAUUCUCGUCUUUUGCGAGGUUUCGCUUGUUUCUCAAACCUUGAGAGGCUCGGACAUAGCGCCACAACCUCAGCGCAACUCCAAUUGAAGCGCACCUUCGGUCAUGGCGAGCGGUGUGGUGUCGGAGCAGUACAGGGUGGACACGGGCCACGAGGACAUGAUACACGAUGCCCAGAUGGACUACUACGGUAAGAGACUGGCGACGUGCUCCUCCGACAGAACGAUAAAGAUCUUCGAAGUGGUUGAGAACACGCAGAACCUGGUGGCCACACUUACAGGCCACGAAGGUCCGGCGUGGCAGGUGGACUGGGCCCACCCAAAGUUUGGCAGCAUCCUCGCCUCCUGCUCCUAUGACAGAAAGGUCAUCAUCUGGAAGGAAGUGAACGGUACAUGGAACAAAAUCUACGAAUUCGGCGAGCACAAAUCAUCCGUUAACAGUGUACAGUGGGCACCCCACGAGUGGGGGCUGAUGCUGGCCUGCGCCUCUUCUGACGACUCGUUUUCUAUCGUCUACUACAGUGAAGGCUCCUGGAAGUACAAGAGGAUAGAAAAUGCACACAAUAUGGGCUGUAAUUCGGUCAGUUGGUCUCCUGCAGUCAACCCAGGGUCACUAGUAGAGGGUGGAGCGAGGUCACCGGUGACUGCUGUGAAACGACUGGUCACUGGCGGAGGAGACAUGCUACUCAAGAUAUGGAUGGAGGAGAACGGGGAGUGGGUGAUGGAGGAGAAGCUGGAGGGUCACAGCGACUGGGUGAGAGAUGUCGCCUGGUGCCCCGGCAUCGGUCUCCCCAUCAGUAGAAUAGCCUCCUGCUCUCAGGAUUGUAAGGUGAUGAUCUGGACCAAGGACGAGACUGUGGGAGGAAAAUGGAACUCUGUGGUGCUGAAGACAUUCAGUGAUGUCGUGUGGCAUGGCAGCUGGUCCAUCACUGGUGAUAUACUAGCCGUCUCUGGAGCUGACAACAAGGUGACGCUGUGGAAGGAGAGCAUGGAGGGAGCGUGGGUGUGUGUGAGUGAGGUGGACAAGGGGCAAGAAGGAGGUACACAACAGCCACAGAUCUCCUAAUGACAAUCUCCCCUUCAUUAGGGUCUAUUAUUAUCGCUCCCUCUUUUACUUGUAUAAUAUUAUUAUUAUUUCACGUUGUUUUCCUAUUGAAAAAUCAAUUCAUCAUUCAAGAAUGCUUAACAGUGGCAUGAAUUUACGUUCUU